UCCCUUAUCCGCACCAUCCACCACCCCUCCAUCACCUCGCUGUUUACCCCACCUCCUGUUCUCUUCUCAAUCCCCAAACCUACUCUCCAGAUCUGUUCAAUGGAUCAAUGCCCGCUUAUGACGCCUCAAUGAGCGCAAUCUCGCCCCAAGACGAUGUCAUUCCACUUGCUACCCCUCUUACGAAAUUUACCCCUCGCUAACAUUGGUCCUUCCCAUUUUCUGCAGAUGGCUGGUUCUCCGAGCAGUCUGACAUGUGGCCCGGCCAGGCCAUGAACCUUAAGGUUAACCAGAUCCUCCACCACGAGAAGUCCAAGUACCAGGAUGUUCUUGUUUUCGAGAGCAGCGACUACGGCACCGUCCUCGUCCUCGACAAUGUCAUCCAGUGCACUGAGCGCGAUGAGUUCUCCUACCAGGAGAUGAUCACCCACCUCGCCAUGAACUCCCACCCCAACCCCAAGAAGGUCCUGGUCAUCGGUGGUGGUGAUGGUGGUGUCCUCCGUGAGGUCGUCAAGCACGAGACCGUCGAGGAGGCUACCCUGUGCGACAUUGAUGAGGCUGUCAUCCGUGUCUCCAAGAAGUACCUUCCUGGCAUGAGCAUUGGCUUCCAGCACCCCAACGUCAAGGUCCACGUUGGCGAUGGUUUCCAGUUCCUCAAGGAGCGCCAGAACGAGUUCGAUGUUAUCAUCACUGACAGCUCUGACCCCGAGGGUCCCGCUGAGAGCCUCUUCCAGAAGCCCUACUUCGAGCUUCUGCGCGAUGCGCUCCGUGAGGGAGGUGUCAUCACCACACAAGGUUCCGAGAACCAAUGGCUGCACCUGUCUCUGAUCACCGACCUCAAGAAGGCCUGCAAGGAGGUUUUCCCCGUUGCCGAAUACGCCUACACCACCAUCCCCACCUACCCCUCCGGCCAGAUCGGCUUCAUGGUCUGCUGCAAGGAUGCCACUCGUAACGUCAAGGAGCCCGUUCGCAGCUGGACCCGUGAGGAGGAGGAGAAGCUCUGCCGCUACUACAACCAGGACAUCCACCGUGCCAGCUUCGUUCUCCCCAACUUCGCCCGCAAGGCUCUGGAUGCUUAGACUAUCUGAAGUUUUGUCGUUCUAAUACUUUGGGUGGUGGCCUCCUCCGUUUCGAGGCCCCACGGCGGCUGAUAAUCGAUGAUGAUCUGACGAUGACGAAUAUAACAAAAGAUUUCUGCUGCUUCCUCAUAAUAUCCCCCCGAUGCUUCACAUGGCUUGAAGCGUGAGAUGCACUCCGAAAGGAUCUUCCUAAGAAACUAUACUAGC